UCUGCCCAACAGCUGUCGGCGCUGAGCACAGAACAGACUGCUCCGGGGUCCCCGACACUUAAACCACCAAAAUGAUCAUCUACAAGGACAUUCUCACCAAUGAUGAAAUGUUCUCCGACAUUUAUAAAAUCAAAGAAAGAUGUGGAGGGUUGUGUUUCGAAGUUAAUGGCAAGAUGGUUACCAGAACAGAAGGCACAAUUGAAGAUGCCCUUAUUGGUGGAAAUGCAACUUCCGAGACCCCAGAUGAAGGGACGGACUCAACAACAGUCACUGGCAUUGACAUAGUGUUGAACCACAAGCUUGUGGAAACUGGCUUCACCAAGGAAUCUUACAAACGAUAUAUUAAGGGCUACAUGAAAGCCAUCAAAGACAAACUUGAAGAAACUAAUCCAGAGAGAGUAAAACCCUUCAUGUCAGGAGCUGCAGAGAAAAUAAAGUCCAUCCUUGGCAACUUCACUAACUAUCAGUUUUAUAUGAGUGAGAGCAUGAACCCAGGUGGUAUGGUGGCUUUGUUAGACUUCCGUAAGGAUGGAAUUACUCCCUACUUAACUUUCUUCAAGGAUGGCUUGGAAAUCGAAAAAUGAUAACAAACCUU